AUGGAAGGCGCCGAGAAAUUCCAUCAUCCAUACGAGCCCUAUGACAUCCAACUCCAAUUCAUGCGGGCGUUGUACGAUUGCAUCGAGCAAGGUAAAAUUGGCAUCUUUGAGUCUCCGACUGGUAAGUACUGUAAGGAUGUGGCUUGGUUUUGGCAAUGUGAUCACUCUUCUAACGAAGGCAUAUCNAAGGGCAAAUCUCUAAGUUUGGCAUGUGGUUCAUUGACAUGGCUGCGCGACCACAAGAGGAAGGAAUUCGAUGACAGUAUAGCUGCUAUCGAAGGAGACGACGACGAACCUGAGUGGAUGGUCCAACACUCUCGAGAGGAAAAGAAAAACCAAGUCAUCCAGAAACGAGCAGAACUAGAAGCGAAACUCGAAAACAUCCGUCAACACGAGCGCAAGAUCAGGGAUCGACAAGAGAAUGGGCCGCCAUUGGCCAAAAAGCGAAGGCUCGAUGAAAACAACAAUAACAACAACGGCAAAGAUGCUGAUAUUGUUGACGAUGAGCAGUUCGCCCUCGAUGACUACGAGAGCGAUGAUGAAGGCACCAAAGCUUCACACUCCAACAAUGGUGAAACAGAACUAGGCUUGUCGAAAGAAACGCAAGCACUAAUGCAGAAACUCGGCUAUGGUAUAUCUUCAUUGCCCAAGCCAGAGGACCUCGAAGCAGAAGACGAGUUGAAGAUAUACUUUUGCUCGCGCACGCAUUCCCAACUCAGCCAAUUCGUCAACGAGCUUCGAAGAAUAGACUUACCGGCUGCCAUACCUGCCUUGCAACAAGAAGUCAAGAAGAAAGCCACACUUUCCGAGGAACUGAAACAUCUAUCCUUGGGCUCAAGAAAAAAUCUUUGCAUCAACGCCAAAGUGUCGAGUCUAAAAAGUAUGACGGCAGUCAAUGAACGGUGCUUGGAACUCCAAGAUGCAAAGACGCCAAAGGAUAAGAAAUGUCCAUUUGUGCCGAAUAAGGAGAAUGAAGGUUCGGUUUUGGACUUUCAACACCAUGCUCUGGCAAAGAUACGUGAUAUUGAGGAUCUGGGGGCUCUGGGCAAGGAGUUGGAUGUUUGUCCUUAUUACGCCACAAGACCUGCUGUGAAGCCGAGUGAGGUAAGUGCUACCUUUGAAAUCAGCUUCCUCAUUCUUUCCACUCGCGUUAUCGAGCACAGAAGUUUUGAUGCUGAUACAUUCAGNAUCGUCACAUUGCCCUAUCCACUUCUUCUUCAAAAGACCGCCCGAGAAGCAUUAGGCUUGUCUUUGAAGAAUCACAUCAUAAUUAUUGACGAAGCCCACAACCUCAUGGAUGCAAUCUCAGGCAUUCACACUGUAGAAGUCAGCUUACAACAACUGCACCUCGCUCGCGCUCAACUGACCGCCUACCUCCAACGCUUCCGCAAUCGUCUCAAAGGCAAGAACCGCGUUUACGUUACCCAAGUGGUACGUUUACUUGAUUCUAUCGCCAACUUCUUACAAUCCUUGGACCCCCAAAACNNAGGUAAUGAAGGCACGGUACAAGCCACUGAUUUGCUCAAAGGUAAAGGCGUGGAUCAGAUCAACCUCUACAAAUUGAUGCAUUACCUGCAAGAAAGCAAGUUGGCGAGGAAAGUGGAAGGCUAUGUCUCUGUCGAGCAACAAAAACAGCAGAAACUCAAUAGCAAUGGUACUGCAAAGGAAGCCACAGUGCCGGUGCUCACACACAUCACUAAUCUGUUUAUGGUGUUGACGAAUCCGGCUAGGGAGGGCCGUUUGUUUUACACUGUUGGAGAGGAAAAGACACAGACAAAGGUCAAGUACAUGCUUCUUGACCCUUCAGAGCACUUUCGCGAUAUCGUCGAGGAGGCAAGAGCCGUCAUACUAGCAGGAGGAACCAUGUCACCCGUGAGUAUUCUUCGUCUCAUCUUGUCACUAUCAACACAGCGGCUGAUGAGGGGUGAUUCUAGNAUGUCUGACUACACAGCCCAACUCUUCCCUUACCUCGACAAGGCACGCAUCACAACACUCUCCUGUGGUCACGUAAUCCCAACCACAAACCUCUUCGUCAACCCCGUGGUAUCAUCCCACAACAACACCGACUUCAACUUUAGCUUCUCGUCCCGCAACCUCGCUUCCACAAUCACCGCACUCGGAGACUCGAUUUUGAGACUCUUACCUACCAUUCCUCACGGCUGCGUAGCAUUCUUUCCCAGCUACAGUUACCUGGAUCAAGUAGUCUCCCACUGGCAAAAAACACCUUCCACAGGAGCAUCCAUGUGGACGAAAAUGCAAAAGGCAAAGCCAAUCUUCAGNGAAACCCAGCAAACAGGAACAGAAGAAACACUAAACGCCUACACCACCGCUGUGAAAACCCUUCCCACAGGAGCAUUCUUACUAGCAGUCAUCGGCGGCCGCCUCAGCGAAGGCAUCAACUUUUCCGACGAAUUGGGAAGGUGCGUAAUGGUCAUCGGUCUACCCUACGCAAACCCAAAUACCGCAGAGCANAAAGCAAAGAUCAAGUAUAUCGAGGAGAAAGCUGUUGCUGCUUCUGGUGCUUUAUCGGCGGGUGCAGCAGCAGCAAGAGACUUUGCAGAUAAUACUUGUAUGCGUGCUGUCAAUCAAGCAAUCGGUAGAGCUGUCCGCCAUAAGAAUGACUGGAGUGCGAUUUUACUGUUUGAUAACAGAUAUACGCAAAAGAGGAUACAAGACAGACUUCCUGGAUGGAUAAAAGCGAGUUUGGGACAGACGACCAGAGCAGGGUUUAAUGAUGUAGAGGUGGGAUUGAAGAGAUUCUAUGCUGGGAAGGCUCGAGGAGAUGGUAGUGUAGUAUAG